AUUCCCUUCCAUUUUGUAUAUAUAUAUAUAUAAACCAGUGCAUCUCCUCUCUGCUCCUCUGACCUCCAUUUCCCACGCACCACCACCAUAGUCCAAAACCAAGAAACCACCAAGAACACCUCAUCCAGCUCUGCUCAUGCCGAGCGACCAACCGGAGCCGCUGGCGCUGGCGCCGUUCGAGCUCCAAGCCGGCCCGGCGAUGCCGCCGGCCAGGAGCGGCGGCGGCAAGAUGCACCGGCUGCUCCGGUCGGCCUUCAAGCGCGGGGACUCGGCCUCGCCAGGCAGCGGGGAGGAGGCGGACCAGCUGAGCCGAUCAGCGUCCGGGUCGUCUUCCUCGGCAGCGAGCAGCGGCCGCCCGCCGUCCGGGAGGCGGGUCGGGCGGCGCGGCGGCGGCGGCGACGGCUCCGUCGACGGCGACCGGUCCAGCCGCGAGAGCUUCGAGCUCGACGGUUCCAAGAACGGCAAGUUGCUGUCGGCGCUGCGCGACGCCAAGAUCGGCCAUGCUUACGAGCCGUUCCAGUGGGAGAAGAAGAUGAGGGAGCUCCUCCCGGUGCCGGCGGCGAGCUGCUUCCUGUCCCUGCUUCUUCUGCCCAAGGCGACGGACGGGUCCAACACCCGGUACAACUCCCUGGACGACACCCUGGCGCGCGCGGACGCGUGGCUCCGGUCGUCGCAGGCCUCCGGCGUGCCCGUCGUGUUCAUGAGCGUGCAGACGGAGGCGCUGCUGACCAAGAUCUCCGGCGAGACGGCGCUGUCUACGGUGAACACGGGCUCGCUGUCGGACCUCGCCGGGAUGGCGAGCGCCAGCCUGUACGGGUUCGAGGACUACCACGGCGUGGACAUCGGCGUGGUCCGCGCCGUGCGGCUGUGGUACGCGGCGGUGGCGGGGGAGGCAGCGCUGGAGCUCCGGCUGCGCCCCGGCGACACGCGUCUGGGAUUCGCCAUCAGCCGCACGGAGGAAGGGUUCAUCUACGUGUCGUCGGUGGCGGAGGAAGGGACGCCGGGGGUGGCGUCGGCGCGAUCGGGGCUCCUGGAGCUCCACCGGGCGGCGCGCGCGGCGUCGAGGCUGCUGGUGGUGUCCCGCGUCGGCGGCGAGAAGGUGCUGCCGUGGAUGGCGUCGGCGUCCGGGGACGUCAAGUGCUUCGACACCGUGUCGCUGAGCCAGAAGCUGUCGCUGCACCGCCACGCGCUCCGCCCCAUCACGCUGCACUUCCUCAUGUGGGACCACGACCUCGCCGCGGCGCUGCCCCGGGGGGACGACGCCGACGUCGAGAAGCCGCCACCGGUGCUCCUGCUGCCGUCGCCACUCGCCGUGGCGGAGACGACGGAGGCCGACGAGAUCGACGGCGACGGGCCGGGGCUCGCCGGCAAGGACUCCAGGGACUCGUCGUUCAGGUUCCAGAACAUCGGCCUCCCCGAUAGCUGGUUGUGACUUCAUCACGUCUGAAGUAGUAGUAAUAUGCUGCACUACAUGUUUCUUUUUUCUUUCUUUUUUUUUAAAAAGAGAACUGUUGAUUAUGUAUGCUUGAUAGGAGUAACCAAGUGACGAGCAUCAUGUCUACCUCAAAGGUUCAA